CAUAAAUCUGCGCCGCGCUCCAGCAACUGUUAUGAUUUGACUGAAGAAAGGAAGACUCCUGGUUCAGCUGAGAUCUCGUGACACACUAUUAUAAAGAUGGCGUUUAUUAAAGAGGAGAGUGAAGACAUAAAGAUUGAAGAAGUGUUCAGUGUGAAACAUGAAGAUACUGAAGAACAAACAGACCUGAUGGUGCUGAAAGAGGAGCGCCAAGAACUGAAUAAUAUAGAAGAGAAAUAUCAGUAUGAGAAACAUCAUGAUUUCAUGACUGGAGAGAUGGAAAAGACUUACUCACAAAAAACAGCUCAGGAGACCAAUCAUAACAGUUAUUUCACUUGCCAACAGUGUGGAAAAAGUUUCAAUCGAAAACGAAACCUGGAAGUCCACAUGAGAGUUCACACUGGAGAAAAGCCUUUCACAUGCCAACAGUGUGGAAAGCGUUUCACUCAAACACAAAGCCUUAAAGUCCAUAUGAGAAUUCACACUGGAGAGAGCCGCUUCGCCUGUCAACAGUGUGGAAAGAGGUUCACUCAAAAACAAAAUCUUAAUGUCCACAUGAGAAUUCACAAUGGAGACAACCGUUUCACGUGCCAACAGUGUGGAAAGAGUUUCACUCAAAAACAAAACCUUACAGCCCACAUAAGAAUUCACACGGGAGAAAAGCCUUACACCUGCUCUCAUUGUGGACAGAGUUUUGCACAUAAAAACACCCUUAAUUCCCACACGAGAAUUCACACUGGAGAAAAGCUGUUCAUAUGUGAUCAGUGUGGGAAGAGCUUCACAACAGUAGUAAAUCUUAGGUAUCACAUGAUCAUUCACGCUGGAAAGAAACCAUUCACUGGAGGGAAACCUUUCACGUGUGAUCAGUGUGGAAAGAGUUUCUCACGUAAAGUAACCCUUAAUUCCCACAUGAGGAUUCAUUCAGGAGAGAACAGUUUCAUAUGUAAUCACUGUGGAAAGAGUUUUAGUCAUAGAAGUAGCCUCAACACUCAUACGAGACUUCACACUGGAGAGAAGCCUUUCAUCUGUAAACUGUGUGGCAAGAGUUUCUCACAAAAUGGAAAUCUUAAGGCUCACAUGAGUACUUGCACAGGAAAGAAGCGUUGUAAUGCUUCACAACUAAAGUAACCCUUCAUUUUCAUAAAGGGAUUCAACCAAAGAAGAAUGGUUUUAUAUUUAACUUCACGGUAUCCCACCCUUCAGGGUCCAAGAACACUAUCGUCAAGAUUACACUCUCCUGACGCUCCCAGCUCUAUGUUGCUCACACUUGAGCCCAACGUAUACUUCACUUUUUACGCAUAUGCGAGGGUCAGCGUACAGUGUGUGUGAUGUGAAUUUCAUCAGAAGAGUAUGCGCACCACCAGAUUUUUGUAACCACGCAUACUUUGUACGUGCAGGUUGCACAUGUGCAUUUAAUUUUUAGUUUAUCCACAAGGUGGCAACCAUGUCCUGGGGCCGUCGAUUUACAAGGUAAUCAAAGAAAAACUGCAUAAACAGAACAGACCGGAAUGCAUGCAAGCGACAGCGACAGUGGAGGCCUACAUAAAUGAGAGAUUAGCUAUGUCUCAUUUCGGAGGCUGCGUCCGCCGGAGGUCUUGCUUAAAGUGUCUGCAUACGUCAUCAAGGAUGUCUUAUUUAAGACAAGUAACUGUAAUACAAUUGACUGUUAUAGGUGUAAAAUAUUGUCAAUUCUUUCUUGCAGUUACUUUUAAAUAAGACUCUUUUGAAUGUGCCCUCAUUUGUACAACUCAAGCAUGAAAGAAUACAAAGAUGUUUACAUGGGUUGUAACUCAUGGCGAGAGAUUGCUCAAAAUCUGUGUAUGUGUACGAGUCAAAUGAUUGCAAGGCUGUGCAUUCGACUGUGCACAUAUGUGAGCGUACGCAUUAAAAAAAAGUAUUCUUAGUU